AUGGGUACUUGGAUCGGACAUGUUUCAGCUGGCAUGUUUUUUAUUUUAUUUGCUAUAUGGUGGCAUAUAAAUAAUUGUAUACGUUAUUUAAAAUCAUUAACUAAUGAAACCAAUGAAAAACAACAAGUUAAAUUUCGAGGUUCAACAACAUAUUCAUGUAAUUGUUUGCCAAGUAAAAUUCUUCGUCAAUUACCAAUAGAAAGCAUGCUCAAAAUUCUUAUAACAUCAAUACAUUUUUCACUUGAAAUUAGUACUGGCUAUCGAAAAGAUCCAAUGCCUCAUAUAGAAGAAGAAAAUGCUCAUCAUACAGCAAUGUUAUUUGGUUUUUUUCUUGGUUCAUGGAUUGAAAUACUCGUUCAUUUAAAAGUUCCAUUACCAAAACGUACAACACAAGUCAUGGGUUUUUUAGCAUUUGCUAUUGAAAGUGUCAUGAUGGUAUUUCAUUUACAUGCUCGAAAUGUAAUAGAUGCUCAUAUACAUAAAUUACUUGGUUUAACAAUGAUCUGUUCAAUGAUUAGUGCUUUAGGUGAAUGUUUUAAUCCAAAUAAUUUUUGGUUAAUUGUUACGCGAAGUUUUUUUGCAUUAACACAAGGUACAUGGUUUAUUCAAGCAGCUUAUGUCUUAUGGCCACAAACAAAUAAUCCAAUAUUUAUCUGGGAUCCUCAAUCUCAUCGAUCAUUAUCAUUAUUAACAAUGUCAUAUGCAUAUCAUUUAGCUGGUAAUGCUUUUCUAUUGAUUAUUAGUUAUUUAUUAGUUUAUAUGUCAACAUCAUCUCGUAGAAAAAUAAUUCAUUAUGAAAUUGAUGAUGAUGAAAUAAUGUCGGAUUAUAAAUUAAUAUCAAAUGUCAACGAUGAAGACAAUUAUGUAGCAGAAGAUUUAUUACUCAAUGGAUUAGAAUUUCCAUCGUAUAUUUAUAUACCUAUAGAUAAAUCUUAUUUAUUAGAAUGUAAUUCAAAGAAUGUUGUAUAUUGGAAAUUGUAUUUAAAUAAUGGAAAGAUAGAAAUUAUAAAUGAUAAAUUAAUUCAUUUGAAUGAAUUCGAUAGAAAUCGUGAUGGAUUUUAUCAAUGCCAUUCAUAUAAUGAUUCAACCAAUUUUCGUAGUGUUUUUAUUUUUUCAAACGGAGCACGUUCUAUUGAUCGUCAUUGGACAAAACUAACAGAAUUUCAUGAUAAUUUAAUAACUACUUGUCGACCUGUUUAUUUUAAUUAUGGUUUUAAUGAACAAUUUAUCGAGUUAAUUGAUAGUAAACAAACUGUUCGAUAUAAUCGUAGUGCUCUACUUGUUAAACAUAUUCGAAGUACAACACAUCUUUUCUGCAAAUUAUAUAUAGAUACAACAUCCGUUGGUGUGCGCGUACAAACAUUAAUAAAAAAAAAUUUCGGUGAUCCACUUUUAUCAGAUAAAUAUUUAAAAGAUAAUAAUUAUUUCGAAAUGAAUACUAACGAACGAGAUAUAUAUCGAAUUGCAUUUGAAGAUCCUCCAAAAUCUCCUGAUAAUAUUUAUGUACAGACAAUUCAUGUUAAUUCAGAUUCAAAAUAUUUACUUUGUUGUCAUUUGGAUGGUAUUCCUUACCCGACAUAUUCAUGGUCGAUGAAUACAGAAUUUCAGAAAACCUCAUUUGUUUGGUGUACGAAACGUUGUUGUUGGCUACAUGUAAUCUAUAAAAAAUAUGAAAAUAUUAUUUGUACAUCAGCUAAUAAAUUUGGAAUGGCAAAAUAUAAUAUUCAUUUGAUUGUACAAGAUAUUGGUUUAAAAAGUACUGUUUUUUAUGAUGAACCACACAUUUACAAUUAUAAUCAUACGGAUAAUUUUAAUCUUAUUCGAAAAAUUGAAGAAAAUCCGACUAUAAAGCCAAUGGUUAUAACUACAGAUAUGGAAACUCAUUCAUCGGAAAUCAAGAAAAAUGAGAAAAUAGACGAUGAAAAACUGAUUCCAAACUAA